AUGAAUCUCAUAGCAUCAAUUGCUGCUCAUAAAGACAAGUGCUGGAGCGUGGCCAGUCAUCAAUCAUUACCAUUGCUUGCAACAUCUUCCACGGACAAGACGUCAAAGAUCUACAAGCUCCUGGCCAAACAACACUUCCCCCAAGUAGCCGUUCUAGAAGAUGCCCAUAAGAGAUCUAUACGGUCUGUUGCCUUCCAACCUCCAGUCAACGGUUUGCAAACAGGAGAACCCGUCGAUCUACCAGUAGUGGCCAAUGGGUCCUUUGAUCUGAACAUCUCCGUGUGGGGAAUCGAUGAACCUGAAGAAUUGGAUGAGUUGGAGUCAGAUAAGUUGGAUGACUCGGAUGACUCAAAUGUACAAGCAGUCAAAGAUAUCCUUUGUUCCAGUAAUAAUGAAUGGAUGCUUAUGGCAUUAAUAGAGGGCCAUGAGAAUGAAGUCAAAGCCGUUGCUUGGAAUCAUACAGGUCAGUAUUUGGCCAGUUGCUCUAGAGAUAAAACGGUUUGGAUAUGGGAAACCGAUCCUCAGACAUUAGAUGAGUUUGAAUGUGUGGCAGUGUUUAAUGACCAUGAUCAAGACGUCAAACACGUUUCUUGGUGCGAUAACCGUAACAUGUUAGCUCUGAGUAGUUAUGAUGAUACUAUCAGAGUUUAUGUUAAGGAAGAUGGUGAAGAUGAUUGGGAUUGUGCGACCAUAUUAAAUGGUCAUACUGGUACUGUUUGGUGCUCUCAAUUUGAGCCAUCACAGAGGAGUGACACUGACAAAAUAAGAUUGGUAUCUUGCUCAGAUGAUUUGAGUGUUAGAAUAUGGAGCUCGUCAGCAGCAGGCUCAUCUUCAUCUGCUCCUGCUACUGCUGCUACUGCUGAACGUUUACCUUCGUCCAUCAAACAUACUCAUGAUGAUCAAAUAUGGGAAUUGGAAACCAUCUUGCCAGCAGUGCACCAGUACUCCAUUUACUCUGUUGCCUGGUCCCCCUAUUCAGGCAGAAUCGUAAGCAGUGGAGCGGAUGGCAAAAUAGUCGUCUACAAGCAAGACAGUAGCGAUGACCGUCAAUGGACCAUUGAACAAGUGAAGGAGAAUGGCCAUGGGAUAAAUGAAAUCAACUGUGUCACGUGGUCUAUAUUAGACGAUGGAACAACAGAAGUCAUAGUAUCUGCUGGUGAUGAUGGAAUGGUAAAUAUAUGGAACAGUAGUUAA